CCGGGUCCGCUCUUUCCCUGUCAGGACGUUAUCGUGCUUUUUGUUCUGCAAAAGGAGGCUUGGGGCUAGGGGGUUUUUCGCCUUUGUUUCCCACCCUAGCUUCUCUGCUUAUGGACCCUAAAAGAUACUGCUGCUACUACGGAACUAUACAGUCCUUGUCUCAGCUCUAGGAUGUACGUUCCGUCACUAGAAGCUCUUCUGAGGGACCGAGGUAACCGCGCCCCGCGGGCAGGGAAUUGCGCGUGCGUACGAGGGGAGGGAGCGCCAGAAGAGAUCGCUCCUGCGCAUGUGUGACGAGAAGGGUUUCCCUGGCGGUGAAGGGAGACCUGGCCUCCUGUCGGGAAGAUGUCUCAUUGGUCUCCUGUACGUUUGCGCCCAAUGGGCUGUCAGUAUUGGCAUUUCUCACGAGUUCCCCCAGAAACUCUGUGCCAUCCCUACUGAGACACGGGGAGGCUUCGGGCAAGUUACUUCCCCAGCCUGGGUUGAGGUCCUUAGACUCAUCUAUUUCUUCCCCUGCCUCCCCAGUACUUGCAGUAUGAGAAGAGGCUUGUCGAUUUCUGAGAUCUCUUCUGUUUCUAACACUAGGCAAUUAAAAAGCAGUGGAAUGGAAAGAAAGUGUUGUAGUCUUUCUAUGUUAUGCUCCUUGUCAACAAUGUACACAUUCCUGCUAGGUGCCAUAUUCAUUGCUUUAAGCUCGAGUCGCAUCUUACUGGUAAAAUACUCUGCCAAUGAAGAGAACAAGUAUGAUUAUCUUCCAACUACUGUGAAUGUGUGCUCAGAACUAGUGAAGCUCGUUUUCUGUGUGCUCGUGUCAUUCUGUGUUAUAAAGAAAGAUGAUCAAAGUAGAAAUUUGAAAUGUGCUUCCUGGGAGGAAUUUUGUAAUUUCAUGAAGUGGUCCAUUCCUGCCUUUCUUUAUUUCCUGGAUAACUUGAUUGUCUUCUAUGUCCUAUCAUAUCUUCAGCCUGCCAUGGCUGUUAUCUUCUCAAAUUUUAGCAUUAUAACAACAGCUCUUCUAUUCAGGAUAGUGCUGAAGCGGCAUCUAAACUGGAUACAAUGGGCUAGCCUCCUGAUUCUAUUUUUGUCUAUUGUGUCCUUGACUGCUGGGACUAAAACUUCACAACAUAACCUGGUAGGACAUGGAUUUCAUCAUGAUGCCUUCUUCAGCCCAUCCAAUUCCUGCCUUCUUUUCAGAAAUGAGUGUCCCAGAAAAGACAAUUGUACGGCAAAGGAGUGGACUUUUCCUGAAGCUAAGUGGAACACCACAGCCAGGGUUUUCAGUCAUAUUCGCCUUGGCUUGGGCCAUGUUCUUAUUAUAGUCCAGUGUUUUAUUUCUUCAAUGGCCAAUAUCUAUAAUGAAAAGAUAUUGAAAGAAGGGAACCAGCUCACUGAAAGCAUCUUCAUACAGAACAGCAAACUCUAUUUCUUUGGCAUUCUUUUUAAUGGGCUGACCCUGGGCCUUCAGAGGAGUAACCGUGAUCAGAUUAAGAACUGUGGAUUUUUUUAUGGCCACAAUGCAUUUUCAGUAGCCCUUAUUUUUAUAACUGCAUUCCAGGGCCUUUCAGUAGCUUUCAUUCUGAAGUUCCUGGAUAACAUGUUCCAUGUCUUGAUGGCCCAGAUCACCACUGUUAUCAUCACAACAGUGUCUGUCCUGGUCUUUGACUUCAGGCCCUCCCUGGAAUUUUUCUUGGAAGCUCCAUCAGUCCUCCUCUCUAUAUUUAUUUAUAAUGCCAGCAAGCCUCAACGUCUGGAAUAUGCACCUAGGCAAGAAAGGAUGAGAGAUCUAAGUGGCAUUCUUUGGGAGCGUUCCAGUGGGGAUGGAGAAGAACUGGAAAGACUUACCAAACCCAAGAGUGACGAGUCAGAUGAAGAUACUUUCUAGUUGGUACCCACAUAGUUGGCAGCUCUCACAAACCUCAUUUUCACAUUUUCAGCAUUUGUAAUAUUUAUCUUUUCACUUUGAUAAGUCAGGAAUGUUUCUAAAACAUAAUACUCUGCAUGUAUCUAAUCAUUCCCUAAACAACUCCAUCCAAGGCUUAGGGUAUACCCAAAGAACUAAACAAUUCUAAGAACUGAUACAGGAAGAUUAGUAUAAAGACUACAUUAAUGGCUCAGGACUUGAUAAAUCAACAAGAUAAAUUUGUAGAUUAUUUUCUUUGCCCUCCAGAUUUUCCAAAAACUUGUAAUAAUCAUAUUAGCUACACCUUAUAAAUAUACAAAUAGAGUUUACCAGAUAUUUGUAAUUAUGUAAUUAUAGUCUGCAUGCCAAAGUCUUCCCUUUUUUUUUUUUUUAUUAUAAAUAUCUAGAAUUGUCCCUUGAACUUUGAGGCUGUAGAAAUAGUCAUUUUGCAAAUUAAAAGCAGUGGGAUUCUUUAUAAAAAUUUUUGUUUAAGGGCCUAAAUAUCUGGCUGUAGCAUAGAUUUAGGAUAACAUAAUCUAUGCUAAAUGUUUUGCCAAAGAAGCAAUUUUUAGAAUUUUAAUUUUUAGGAAUUCAUGGGAAAUUUGAUUUUUAGUAAUUAUCUUUUGUAAUUAUCUUGUACUAAUAAGCUUCAAGUUAGGUGAAAGUUGGUUACCAGUCACCACAGCUACCAAUUAUAUUUUAAAUCACUUAAAUAAUCCAUGGUGGGGUUUUUUUUCCUUCUCAGUUUGCAUAUCACAAAAUCUUGACAUUACUCUUGAAUGACUACAUUGUGGAGAAUUAAUAAGAAGGCAUUUUAUUUUAGUAUUAAUUAAAGCCCGUGCCUAUUAUGUGUC